GAUCAAUUUAAAUCCGACUGAUUCUACUCAUAACCCUCAGAUCUUCCUGUGUCACUUAACUGAGCAGUCGACCAGACAGUAAUCAUAAUAUAGAGGUAUUUCCUUAAUUCGUUCUGACCUCUGCAGAGUUUUCUAUUAAUCCCAGAGAGCGAUUGAAUAUCGAUUUGUAUCCAGCAACGAGAAUCUACAUUUCUAUUUAAAAAAAAUAGAGACAAGUAUAGUUGGUUAUCUGGAGACGUUAACAAUCACUCACGUCCUAGGGCAAUCGAUUCACCAUGCCGCUAUCGAUACCAUUUGUUGUUCCCUGUCUGAUCGCCUUGUUGAGUUUUCCCGCCAAUUUUGCAGCGGACUCCGGAUGGCAAUCGCACCGGUGUGGAGCCCCGAGCCCUCUCAAACAUGGGACCUUAUCAAUCAUUGGAGAGGGGUUGUACGCUUCAUUCGCAUGUAACCAGGGAUUUUCACUGUAUGGAUCAAGAAAGAUACGUUGCCUUGGAAACGGGCAAUGGUCGGCUGAAAGUCCAAUAUGCGUAGCGACUGGCUGUAGUCCGCUACCGAAGUUCCCGAAAGGACGGACCUCGACCCGAAUGGACGGAGCCGUAGUGGUCUACAAAUGCCCAAAGGGUACCUGGAUCCGAGGCUCCAAGACCAUCUUCUGCAACGGUGAACGCUGGAACGACACGGUGCCAACUUGCAAGGGUAGCCCCCGACCCAACCCGGAUUUCCUGCCCAUCUCCAACUGCCCGUUGCCACCGCAGGUCCACAGCGGCGUGGCCGUGAAGGGUUUCGAAUACGUGACCUACACGUGUAUCAACCGGACGGUACCCACGCUGGGUUCAGGGGUACUGCGGUGUUUGUCGAAUGGCGAAUGGGAUCGGCAACCAGUGGUGUGCGCAAAACCAGGGUGUCCUCGUCUAACCGAGCCUCCGAAUGGACUGGUCAUCGAGAAAUUCGGCCUCUCUGUGCUGGAGUUCCGCUGCUACCUCAACUUCCACCUUCUUGGCCCCUCCAUCCUGUUCUGUGACGGCCAGAGAUGGAACGGAACCGCACCUUCCUGCGUCCAGGAGCUCCCACCGGACCCCUCACCCCGUCCUGGAGCCGGAAUCCUUCCUGAAUUCACGGUCGAGGACGGUACCAGCUGUGGUCAGUCUAGAGCCAUCCGGCAUGGUCAACCAAGUUAUUCUACCGAGUUGGAUGACAGGGGGAAUACCUACUGGGCCGUGGAGUACAUAUGUGAUCCUGGAUAUCGGGUGCUGAUGAAUGACAGGCUGUUCUGUUCUGCAGGAGUCUGGAUUGGUGAACUACCUCAGUGUGUUGCGUUCUGUGGCAUUAAUAACGGGGGCUGUUCACACUACUGUCUUAGUAUCAAUGGACGAGCCACUUGUACCUGUAGACCGGGAUACAGACUUCACAUAAAUGGAAGGAGCUGUAAUGAUGUGAAUGAGUGCGCUCCGAACAGUGGACGGGGACCGUGUGCGGAGUUCUGCAAUAAUUUAGCUGGUGGAUUCGCAUGCAGGUGCCAACGAGGAUAUCGGCUCAAUGAAGACGGACAUUCGUGCUCAUACCAACCUACGGAUCCUUGCUCUCGAAUCCGCUGCGCGUACGGAACAUGUGUGUCCGUCAACGGAUCUGCGUCGUGCCAAUGUCCCCGAGGGUUCGUACUAUCUCGAGAUUUGCGGACAUGCCAAGACAUUGAUGAAUGUGACACCAUGAGAGCACGGUGUGAGUACGAAUGUCGGAACACGUACGGGAGCUACCAGUGUCUCUGCCCGUCAGGAUGGGCGUUGACAGACGGCGAGAGGUGUAGAGAAUGUGACAUCAAUACGUACGUGAGUUCUAACGGGAAACGGUGUUUGGCCUGCCCUGAUAAUUCCAGAACCAAUGGAUCCGGUAAAACAUCGAUUGUAGCAUGCGUCUGUGAAGAAGGCUACGAGAAAAACCCGGGAACAAGAUCAUGUGACGAUAUAAAUGAGUGCACCACACGUAAUGGAGGAUGUCAGCACUUAUGUGAGAAUACAGAUGGUUCCUACUUCUGCAAGUGCAUGCCCGGAUAUACAUUAGACACGGCGGAUCAACAUUCGUGUAUAGGUAAGGUGCUCGCAUUGAUUUAA